AUGGCGGAGCCUACAAAACAAGAAACUGAGCAAGUCUUCAAGGCCCUAAGGGCGCACAAAGGCAACAAGUCAUGUUUUGACUGUAAUGCUCGGAAUCCGACUUGGUCAAGCGUUACUUUCGGCGUAUACAUCUGCUUAGAAUGUUCAAGUGUACACAGGAAUAUGGGUGUUCAUAUCAGCUUCGUCCGAUCAACCAACCUGGACAGUUGGCAAUUGGCUCAGCUACGAACAAUGAAGGCAGGGGGGAACGCAUCUGCAAAAGAAUUCUUCACGAAGCACGGCGGAGCUUCGUUGUUGAGCGACUCCGAUACCAAGAAGAAAUACUCUAGUCGCUUUGCUGAGCUUUACAAGGAGGAGUUAGCACGCCGGGUCAAGGACGAUAUAGCCAGAUUCCCCAAUGGGAUUGUCGUGGAUGGCAUGGAAGCGCCGGCACAAGCGACAAACAAGGAAGAAACAGAGGACGACUUUUUCAACUCAUGGUCCAAGCCCUCCACGCCUAAAGGAUCGGCGCCUGGAACUCCAAGGAUAUCCACCCCACCUAUCCUUGGCCGAGCGCCAUCUGCAGGAUCCUCAGCCGGCAGCACCCCGGCGAGCACCCCAGCCACCAGCCCGGCGAUCCCCGCCACCGCAGCCCCACGUACCUUGACCUCAUCCGCAGCCGCCCGACCCGCUCGUCUCGGCGCAGGUACCUCCCGCCUCAACUCUGCAUCGUCCGUUUCCUCCAGCACCACCACAUCUGGUGCACCCAAGAAAUCCAAGUUGGGAUUGGGCGCGCAGAAAACGAAACCUGUAGACUUUGCACUGGCAGAGCGCAAGGCCCUCGAGGAGGCCGAGAGGAUCAAGCAGCUCGGGUAUGAUCGGCAGCGCGAAGAACAGGAGGAGAAAGCGAGGAAGGAGGCAGAGUCGCUGAGGAAGGCUCAGGAGCUCAGGCCCGCAGUAACGUCUGCAGCAACGAUAUCAACCGCAAAGACCACCGUGGAGACGAGUAAGUCUCCUGCGUUCCCUAGGCUAGGGUUUGGCGCGAUUCCAGGUGCUGGAGCUGCCGCCGCCGUCGCUGCUGCUGCUGCUGCCUCUUCCUCUACACGUUCGAGCUCAGCGCCCAUGGCGGAUGAUGCACCGACUACUGCGCGGGAAAAGUUUGGAAACCAGAAGGCUAUUUCGUCCGAUAUGUUUUUCGGUCGUAACUCGUACGACCCUAAUGCAGUCACCGAGGCUCAGACACGGUUGCAGAAUUUCCAGGGAGCCACUUCCAUCUCAUCGAACCAGUACUUUGGGCGGGAAGAGGAAGAGGAGUCGGGAGGUUUGGCGGGAGGUGUGGGUUCAGAUGGGUUACUUGGGGAUGGCAGCUUGUCAGGUCUCGAAUUGGCCGCAAGGGAUACUGUUGCCAAGUUUCUGGCUAACCCGGAUGUGCAGAACGUUGGAGAAAGCAUCAGGACGGGUGCCAUGAAGCUUUCUGAUUACUUGGCCACUAUGUCUGAGCGUUGA